AUGAAAUUCUUCCUAGCUCUCGCUUUUGUGGCUGUAGCCUCAGCUGCCUCUUUGGGGUCCGAAAAAGAUGCCCAAAUCAUCAGCCAGGAAUCUGACAUAAGCCCUGAUGGUUCCUUCAAAACUUCAUUCCAAACAGACAACGGUAUCGCAGCUCAAGAACAAGGAGUCCUCAAGAACGCUCAAACUCCGGAAGGUGCCAUUCUUGAAGUCCAAGGUUCAGCCCAAUGGACUUCCCCUGAAGGUACCCCAGUGGCCUUCCAAUACAUCGCCAACGAAAAUGGGUACCAACCACAAAGCGACUUGUUGCCAGUUGGUCCAACCCCUCCACCAAUCCCAGCUGCCAUCCAGAGGUCUUUGGACUGGAUUGCCGCUCAUCCCCAAAAAGAAGAACAAAUCCAAAUCGUCCAAAGGAGGUUCUAAGUUUAUUGAGUGAUUUAGUGUACAAAGUUUUGUUAAUAAUAAAUCUGUAACAUAAGAA